CUUGAGGAGUAAAGUGGCGUGAGGGUAUCUCUCGCAGCAUUGACACGAUGCGAGGCACCAUGGGCUUGAGUGCCUGCCUCGUGCUGCUGGCCAUGCUGCCGUCCGCGCUGUGCUUGGGCAACGAACUAGCGCUCACACCGACUAUGGGUUUCAACACCUGGAAUGCCUUUGGCAGCGAUAUUAGCGAGCAGCUUAUAUUACAAACAGCAGGCUUCAUGAGGAACAUGAGUCUCGUUCAGCUGGGUUACGACCUCAUCGUGCUCGACGAUGGCUGGUCCACCAAGGAGCGUGGAAUAGAUGGAAAAUUGCAGCCAGACCCCAAGAAGUUUCCUUCUGGCUUGAAGGAGCUUUCAAACCGCCUGGCUGGGAUGGGAAUCAAGCUGGGGUUGUUUGGGGAUGCUGGCACGAGGACUUGCGGUGGAGCAGCUGCCAGCUAUGGCCAGGAGAAGCUGGACGCUGCCACUUUUGCCAGCUGGGGCAUAUCAUACCUCAAGUAUGACAACUGUUACGCGCCGAAGAAGGACAAGGAGAGCGUGAGAGGGAGGUUUGCUGUGAUGAGGGACGCCCUCAACGCGACUGGGCACCCCAUCACCUACGCAAUCGAUGACUGGGGCGUGACAAACACCUGGACCUACGGCACCACGGUGGCGAACUCGUGGCGCACGACCGCUGGGCUGACAGACCAGCUGCAGGCGACGUGGGAGGGUAUCCUGCGCGUGCUCGACAACAGCGCCGGCCUCGGCCGCUUCGCCGCCCCCGGUGGAUGGAACAACCUGGACCUGCUGGCGGUCGGAGAGCCGGUGAGUGAGGACCUCACAGUGGAGGAGAUGCAGUCCCACUUCGCCCUAUGGGCCAUCGUAAAGUCACCCCUCUUCAUCAGCGCUGACCUCAGGCAAAUCACAAAGACUGCGCUGGACAUCCUGAAGUCUGACGAGCUCAUAGCGGUCAACCAGGACCCCCUGGGCGUCGCAGGAGACCUCAUCUGGAAGCAGGGCGCCAAUGAGAUUUGGGGCGCGGGAUUGAGCGGUGGUGCGCGCGCGGUGGCGUUGCUGAACCGCCAUUUUGAUGAGGACCCGCAGUUUGACAACUCCUCCAUCACCCUCCACUGGCACCACCUGGGCUGGGAGGGUGACAUGGCGGUAACUGUGAGGGACCUGUACGCCAAGAAGGACCUGGGACUUUUCACCCACAACUUCACAGCUGUCAUCCCCUAUCACGGAGUGCUCGCCCUCAAGCUCACACCCAGCAAGUAUGUGAACAGCUUUGACCAGUGGCGGCCGUGGGACUGCGGCAUCGAGACCGAUGACGGCGCCCACGGCGUGUGGGCAUGCUUCAGCCACACAGCGCUGGACAAGCCCAUGCUGUAUGGGACUCUGCCGAUCACCAAGACGGUGGCGGCAGCGCUCGGAGCGGUCAUUGCAGUCCUGGCUGUGGCCAUCGUAGGCCUUGCAGUCGGCUGGAGGCUCUCCGUCACGCGCAACAGGAAAAGCUACAAGAAGUGGAAUGAGGAGACUGCAGCAGCAGCUUCAUCGUGAGGCAUUGCUGCAAUGAAGCAGGCGAAAGAGCAGAGUGCAGCCAAACGAGGACGCCAGGCCUAAGCAGGGGCACAUGUGCAGUGCACUGCUGUAGUGCCAUGAGUGAUUCCAAUCUGUGGCAACUGUACUGCAUGUCAGGUAUUUGCUUUUUGCAUGCACACCGUAUAUGUGACAUUUGAAGGGCGUCAAUUUGUUUGCUGUCAUUGUUUGGGUUUCAAUGUUUACAACUUCCAAGGAAAGUCCUGGGGCUGUCUAGAAUGAACGAGUGCAGCCACAAGAGGCUGCUGUCACUCCAUUGGACGAGGCUAUGGUAGGAUCAGCUGCGUCAGUCAUUGGGACAGAGCUCUUUGCAAUGCAUGAAAUUGUCUUGCCCAGAUCCAUUGCAAAGGGUGUAGGAUUGCAGUAUUAAUCCGCCUCGCUUUGUACACUGUAAUUGUGCUAAUACCU